AUGGUUGAUAGAAACCAAAAUGCUGACGAAGUGAUUCACAGGGUUAGACAAAAUAACCAGAUGGAGAGUAAUUUGACUGCUAUGAUAGAGAGGAUCAUGGCCCAAAAUGGUCUGAACACCGGACUUCGAAGGCCAAAUUAUACAUCCCGUUUAUCAGAUUAUGUUUUACAAACUGAAUUAUCCAGGGGUCGCAAGAUCCCUAAGUUUAUCAAAUUUUCGGGGGAUACUAGUGAAUCUACCACAGAGCACAUAGUCAGGUAUAUGAUAGAGGCUGGAGAUUUGGCGAACAAUGAGGAUCUGAGGAUGAAGUAUUUCCCCAGUUCUCUAACCAAGAACGCUUUCACAUGGUUCACAACACUACCACCAAAUUCUAUAGAUACUUGGUCUCAGUUAGAGAGGUUAUUCCAUGAACAAUUCUAUAUGGGUCAAACCAAGAUAAGUCUCAAAGAAUUGGACAGUAUUAAAAGGAAGUUUACUGAACUUAUAGAUGAUUAUUUGAAUAGGUUCCGUUUGUUAAAAGCUAGAUGCUUUACAGUGGUGCCUGAACACGAAUUAGUCGAAAUGGCCGCUAGAGGUUUAGAUUACUCUAUCAGGAAGAAAUUGGACACUCAAUAUCUGCGAGAUAUGGCCCAAUUGGCUGAUAGAGUUCGCCAAGUCGAAAGAUUAAAAGCUGAGAAGGCUAGGGCAAAUAAAAGCAAUAAAAAGGAAAGGGUUACCUACGUCGAAGUAAACGAAGGAGAACCGGAGAUCUCCGAGGACCAAUAUGGUUUCGAAGAUUGCGAAGUAGAUCUAGCCGAAUUAAAGGAAGCAGACCCCUAUACCUGCAAGAUGAUCACACCAUCGAACGUGAAAAAUCCCGUCGAAAUUGAAAAAAAUGAUAAGGAUCUUAUUCAGAAUGCAAUCAAGGAAGGACGUCUGAAGUUUGCAGACGAAGGAAGAAAUCAAAUGAAGAUAGACGCUAAUCCCCUCAAUAUUGCUGACACAAAUUACACUGAGCCUGUAGAGAUCAACAUGCUUGACAUGGUCGAAGUUGGAGCAAGAGGGACCCCAGGAGAUGAAGAAGAUGUCCAAGUUGGAAAACAGGUUACUGAUGACCUAAAGGAGGAUGUCACAUCUGAGACUUCAGUCGAACCAAAGACUACUGAAGGUCUUGUCGGAAAGACGACUAUGGCUACUGUAUGCAUUAGGCUAGAAAAGAAGUCCAAGUGUUGGGCCUAG